AUGGCGGGAGGGUUACUAAGCGAAUGGGUGGAGAAGGUUGGGGGUGGACUGGAGGUGGGCACUAUUCUCCCAACUUACCCCUCGCGGCAUAUACUUAUCCAUUGGCAAGAAUCACGAGAGAGUGAGCAUAAACUUCACAUCCUAAUGAAGUACUGCCACACCGAAUUGGAUCGUCAGGAGAUGGAAUUAUCGAAGGCGGAACAAUUUCCUGAGAACGCAGUCACCGAACCAUUGAUGCUGCGUGCACAGAUAAUUAAUACGUAUAACUGUGCCAUGGAGACCGAGGAGCGUGUAGAGACGCUCUCUUACGAAGAGGCACUGCUGAGGGAGGAGAGGAAACUCCUUAAGCGCGACUUCUCCCGCUUUCCCAUGUCCGAGUUGGAGGCUCUUGGAGAAGACAUCGACAUCUUUGCUGAAAUGGAGAGACGAUUUAAAUCGCUGCAAACACAAUACCAGGAGACCUUCAUGGAGAUCGACAUGUUGCGACUGGAAAACAAACGAAGUCGUGAACAACUGCGAGUCUCCAAAGACUUCCUUGAUGACAUUCGUUUGGAGCAUACAGAGUCACAGCUGCGAUUAAAUCGAGUCAAAGCCGAUUGCGUGUUGGCGACUGCCCUACCGGGUCAGUAUAUUAAGGAGACAGAAAAGGCCCGGAAGUAUAAGUCGGACUUUGAAAAGAAAAUUAAAAGUUUGGACUCCCAACACGCUAUUUUGGUUGGACAGAAGGAGAAGUUGGAAAGCGAAUUACAAUCAGUUACUGCAAACAACGAGAAUUGUAAAAUCGAGAUUGAAAGAAACAAAGAAAGGGUUGAUUUAAACAAGGAGCAAACGGAGGAUUUGAUUCGCAGUUGUGCCAGUUGGCAGGAUCUGGAAAUGGUCUCACGUACUGAAAAAGCCAAAUUGACCCAACGUUUUGAGACCUUUGCCUCGGAGAAGAAGGAGUGCCAGCAGGAGCAAAGUAAAUUAAAGUGGGAGAAGGAUAGCAGUGUAAAACAAAUGAAGAAGGCGCAGGCUCAGCUGGAUAUUUGUAUGGAGUUCAAUACUACAGCAGUAUUUGAAAAAGCCCGAGCUCGGUUAGCAGUUACACCGAAGUAUGACAAUACACUUGUAAAACGUAAAGAAAAGUUAAAUGAAUUCCUUCGAAAUCUGCAUUCUGAUAUUGCUGAAGAGGAGAAACGAAUGGCAGCAGAGUAUGUGCACAUAAAUCAGGCUGUAGUAUUGUCUGAACGUCGAUUGUCCCUGUUGGAGAGGAGUAGGGCGGAGAAUUCGGAGCUCCUUCAGCUGGCCACCUCCCUGUCCGAGGAGAUGGCACGUGCAGUGUGUGAAUUCAACGGGGCUUUUCGUAAACACUCUCGCCUUGCUGAGGAUUGUCAAAUCAAGUUGCGUCUCAUUGAACGCCAGUUGGAUGAGUUGCAAACACUUGAGACACGGCUGAAUGACGUCUCCAAUCUCUACAUGGACGUGAAAAAGGAGCGAAACAACUGUGUCAGCCUCCUCCAGGCGGCUGUUCAAGUCGCCUCAGCAACUCGUGAACGUCUUCGUCAAAGGGGGAAUGAAGCGGAGAUACUCCUGACUGCAGCACAACGCAGUGAAGCUCAAUUAGCAACGGUGCGAUCCACGACCAUCCGGCUAGUGGCGCAGAGGGAUCACAAACGUCACGAUCUCUGCAAGGUGGCCGCUGCAGUAGCCGUGCAGAAUGCCAAACGCGAACAAAUGCGGUUGAAGUUGAAUCGGCUGACCCUGAUGUACAAUCAGGCUGAGGCGAGCAGCAUUGCGCUUAAGAAGGCUUGUGAAAGGAAUGCCAAGCUAAGAAAUGAGCGAGCGAUACUACUCAUUGAAAGGAACCAGGAGGUCUACCUCUUGCAGGAGCGUGAGAAGUAUCAGACGAUUGCCAUGGCAUCAGCCAAAAUGGAUCUAAGUGGAUUAGAAGCCGAGUAUCAGACGUCACAACUCUACCUAAAGCAGAUUCAACAUAUGAUCCAUCUGUUGCGAGAACAGGUCCCCAAGAAAAUGCACAUGGAGGGCAGUGUCCACGGCCUCAUUCAGGAGUUGAUUGGAAUUCGCGCCCACAAGGCACAGCUGGUGGCAUGGUUCGAGGAUCCCGAUCGCCCAGGGCGUCUGCGACUACUGGGUGGAGCAGAUCCCAGCCAAUCGGAGUUAUGGGUCAUCCUUGGACGACUGGAGAAGCGCCUAGCUGCGAAGGAGGAGGACUUGGCCGAGAAGAAUUUAACCUAUGAGGCAAUUGGUCGACUUGUGGAUGCCCUUCGUGUCAAAACGGAUGCUAACAGAGAUGACACACUCCGCAUGGCAAUGAAGGUGAAUGGCAUCCAACUGAAGCUCAUCAAAUUACGCAAACAAUUGGAGACAAAGUAUGCUGAGCUAAUCAUCAGCAACUUUGAGCACAAGAAAUUGCAAAACGAAGUCAGGAAAAGGGAACGACACCUGGAUGUCUGCAUGAUCCGUGCAUUAAGCGAAAUGCCGCCGAGCCGAGAAAUUGCGCGGGAAUACAGGCUGACCAAGCGGCGGGAGCAAAUUCGUAGGCAGUACAAAGCUGAGAAGGCACAAGGACCAAAGAAGGUAGGUGCCUCAUGCAGCUGA